CCUAAGCCAAAGCAGCAGAAAGGCCCGUGUGCCUGGGGUCAGCACUGGGCAGAUGGAUCACUACCACUAAGCCUUCAGGAUAUCCCAGGACCCCAGUCCGGAAACCUCCAAUAUAAAAUGUUCUUUCUGGGGCUUGAGAGAUGGUUCAGUGGUUAAGAGCUGUAGCUGCUCUUGCAGAGGACCUGGAUUUGAUUCCUGUCAUCCACAUACAAGCUAACAGCCAUCCAUAACUCCAGUUCCAGGGGAAUUCGACACUCUUCUGACCUCCAUGGGCAUUGGCAACACGGUGCACUUACAUACAUGCAGGCAAUACACUCAUACACAUAAAAAAAAUUUUUUUUAAUGUUCUUUCUUCCCACAGUGCCUCUCAUCCUGCUUUGAGUGACCCCAAUAAAACAACUCUGCUGUGUGACUGUAUCACCAGAGAAUUAACAGGAUGGUCCCUAGGCACUUCCUGGCCUGGAAGCUCUGUGAUUGGGUUCUUCUGGUCCUCCCCCCACCCCCAGCCUCCAUCUUCUGAUUGGCCCAAAGGGAUAGGCUGGUGAUUUCUAGGGCCCCUGGCUACUGUAAUUAACUUCCCACAUCAUUUAUUUCCACUUGAGGGAAGGACAGGUCCUUCUGGAACCCAAAAGUGUGCUCAAGAACCUGGCAGCAUCCUCUAAAGGCCAUGGCUGAGGUUCUCCGUAGUGCUGUCUGCCUUGAAGUAGGGGGCCAGACACAGACUCCCUCCAGGAACAGGGCAGGGGCCCUUUAAAACCCAGCCUGGCUUACUCAGGCUGUUGCUAUGUACAGGACCAACUUCCUUAGCAACUGCCUGACCUCUUAAAGGGGCCUUGGAGGAGUGGUUGCCCUCAGCCAUGGCUCCCAAAAAGAAGCUGAACAGAGGCAAGGAGUUGGAGGUCAAGAAGAGAGGGGGGAAGAAGGGUGCCAGCACUACCGUGAAGGAGUCGACCAUGGUGGAAGAGCUGAAGGAGUUCUAUCACAAGCAGAUCCAGGACCUGGAGGACAGGCUGGCCCGGUACCAGAGGAAGUGGGAUGAGCUGGCUGUGCAGGAAAAGCUGUUCCGCCAGGAGUUUGAGCAGCUGGCCAACAACAAGAAGGAGAUUGUGGCCUUUCUCAAGCGUACACUCAACCAAAGGAUGGAUGAGAUCACCAAUCUCAAUGAGCAGCUGCAGGGCCUGCAGCUAGCCAAGGAAGUAGAGAAGGAUGCUUUGGAGGCUCAGCUGGCCCAGGUGCGCCAUGAAUUCCAGGAGACCAAGGGCCAGCUCACCUCGGAGAACAUCACCCUUGGGGCAAAGCUGGCUGCCCUGGAAGAGUUCCGGCUGCAGAAAGAAGAGCUCACUGAAAACUACACGAAGCUGGAGGGCCAGCUGCGGAAGCAGGAGAGCGAGUACAAGGAAUACGUGUACAACCUGGAGAAGAAGUCGGUGCUAGACAAGGACAGGCUGAGAAAAGAGAUUAUCCAGCGUGUGAACUUGGUGGCUGCUGAGUUCCGCAGAGUGGCCAACAACCAGAUGUGGGAGACUACCAAACGGGCCAUUCUGGAGAACAACAGCAUUACCCUACAGCUGACCAAGGUGUCUCAGCAAGGUGUGCAGCUGCUGCAGGAGAAUGAACAGCUCAAGGGUGUCCGGGACAAGCUGUGCAAACAGAUGGAGCUGCUGGAGAACACCCAGGAGAUCAUGGCCAGGAACAGGAGAGAACACCAGAAGGUCAUCCUCAUGUUGGCUGAGAAGUGCAGCCAGCAGAAACAGGGCAAAGAGGAGGCCGAGCAGCUGCGCCUCCUGCUGUCCCAAAUGGAGCAGAACUUCCUGAAGCUACAGACAGACAACCAGACACUGAGGAAUGAGAAAGAGCAGCUGGAGCAGCAGCUGGAGCAACAGCACGCUACAGCCCAGAAGCUACAGAAGGAGCUGACUGAGGAGCAGAAGGCUCGGGCUAGCCUGGAGAUGGUUCUAGCCCAGGCUACCUCCUUCCUACAGGACAUUAUGCAGAUACGAACAGUGGUGGAGGAUGGCAAAUUCGACCUGGUGUUCCAGCUGCAGCACAAGGAGAUGCUGCAGCAGCUGCUGGCUCUGCUCAGCUCUGCUGUCAUCCUGAAACCUCAGCAGGACCUGUGUGACCCAGACCAGGACAGUGAGCCCCACAGCACACCCCAGGAGAGCUGGCUCAGCACCCAGACACCCAAGGCAGCAUCUCUGGUGCAGAAGCUAUCUACCAUCACCAGCUACCAGCCGGGUGACCUAGGCCUGGUGCCUCGCCAGGCCCGCAUCCCACCUAACCCCCAUGACCUCAGGUCACUCUCCUAUGUUACCCGCAUGGGGAUCAUCAAGUUACAGAACACUAAUGAGAUCUACCCAUCCUGCACUCUCAAAAGGUUCAGGAAGUUUAGUCUUCCUAGACCUUUCCUACGCCGCAAGUAG